GCCAAGGCCUGUUUGUAGACGAAUGAGACUGUAUAAAUAAGCGAGACAUUUAUCAGUUGUUCAGUACAGGUAUAGAAAGCGUCAACUCAGGCCAAGGACUGGAAAAGCUGGAAAUUCGAUCAAUAUACUUCAAGCACCGCCCACAGUCCACUGGUUAAAUACGCUACCGUGUGAUCCUGUCUGGAAGAUCGUGGAUUUAACGCCAGUACAACCGCAAGGAAAGCGACGCUAUGACGUUCCUUUACAGUUUCUUCAUCGUUGCUCUGAUGACUUGUUCGGUAGCUUCUACAUCACAUGAACAUGGCUUCAGGGUCAGAGGACGCUGCGAGCCUGUGCCACCUUUCUGCCAGAACUUGACAAACGGCGGUAGCUACUCUUACAUGCGACUCCCAAAUGUUUUUAACAAUUUUCAACUCUCGGAAACUGUCGAGGCGAUCAUGCCCUGGGCCCCUCUCGUCGGAAAGUGCCAUUCUGGCCUUAAGAUGUUCCUGUGCGCCAUUUACGCGCCGAUUUGCCUGUAUGAUAAAGAGAAAGGAGACUAUGUCAACAUCAAGCUGUGCAAGUCGUUUUGUGAGAGCGUGAGAAAGAGCUGCGAGCCCGUGAUGAGUAGUUAUAAUUAUACAUGGCCAAGUCACGAUGCCUUCAAUUGCACGGGGUACAUGGACAAUCUUAUGUGCGUUCGAGAAGACUUCGUUUCGACCCCAAAGCCUCCUCCUCCAGUCAAAGACGUAAUUUGUGACCCAGAUUUAAACAACGAUGCUGUCCUUCAGAAUAAAGCUUGUAGGAGUGACUUGGUUAUUCGCGCAGAGGUGUUGGGAACACGAGAAUCAAAAGGUGACAGCUCCUACACUUUGAUCAAAAUCAAGAGGCACAAGAAAUCUGCCAGGCAAGGAUCCCGCAGCCAGAGAAAGACGAAGAAAGCUGUCGAAAGCGUCGACCGUGUGCUGCUACCAAGAAAAGGCUGCAAGAACGUGGCGGGAAGAGUGAAGAAAGAGGUUACACACUUGAUAAUACUUGACAGGAAAAUAGGAAAGAAGACAAAGUACAUCGUAAAGGCCAUUGUGCCAUGGAAGUCCAAGCGACAUAGAAAAAUCAUGAGGCAGAGAGGCAACUGCAAAUAACUGAGCAAUUUCCAGAAAGUUCGUGUGGAUAAAAUUUGACAAAUUCAGGACUCAUUCUGGAACAAAUCUUCUUCCUACAGACUGAAACUAGAUUCAAUGUUUUGAUUCUGUCUGCUUGGGAUAUUUUUGACCAAAUACAAGAGGAAGUUUUAAUGUUUUGGCCUUUAAGGACUUGUCAGUGACCAAAUAUUUAUCUACACGACUGAGAAAUUUCGCCGAAUGUGUAACUCGGUUAAGAAAUCCUGUAGUUUUUCAGACACCCACGAUUCUCAGUUCAUUAGAAGAGUAGUUUUCAAUUAAAAGGCAGAGAACAAUAAGCCUUUUUGCUCUCGAAUGAUUACAUUUUAAACCUUUUUUAAAAUAAUUUGAACCUAUUUCAAUACAACUUGUAAUAGACAAUCCAAUAUAUCUAAUGAAGUGGACUUGUCGCCGUAAACGUGCUUUUGCUAAAUUUGAUGAUGUACUGUUGGAAUGCUUGAUAUGCUUUGUAUUCGAAUUUUUUUUCUGUAGUCGUUGAACCAUUGAUAUGUGCCUACGUUGUGCACCACGUAAAAUUCGUGUUACUUUGUGAGAUUUUUAUCUGUCACGUUUAGUUAUCAGUUCAAUUAUAUGAAAAAGAGGCAUACUACGUCAUGUAAGUUAACCCGAACAUCCUCGGUAAAGUCACCAAGCGCUUGUCUCUGCGAGGGCUAUGUUUGGCAAUGUCGUAAUUUACCUCAUAAGUUUAUCUUCCAGUAAAGAAAACAUAGCAUUUAUCGCACAGUAGAUAAAUUAGUUAUUUUGUAUGUAAUUUGUAAGCACAUGGUGCUAAAGCCUUCUAGUACUAAAGGCACUUUUAUCCAUAAAUUAAUAUAACCAUUUAGAGAAAGA